UCGUCCACUGGACGUCAAUAAUUCAUUGCACGAUAAUCGAAAGUCAGCAUAAUUAGUUGUAUUUUUAGCCCCGGCUUUCUCUACCAGUACAGUCGUGAACAUUAAAAUUUAAAACUUGUUUCGUAUGUACAUCGGAAGUCGGCAGUAUUGCUGCCAGCAGCCAUUGUAUUCUGCCAGCCGUUAAAUACUUGGGGACAACUUGUGUCAUCUACCAUUUCCACUGGAAAGCCAGCCGAAGCUGGCGAAAUAGACUUGUAUUAACUAACUUUCUAUUCCACAGACAAUGAAUUUGCUAAUAAAAUACAACAGUUUCUUAUUAGUGUUAUAUUUCAUAACCGGUGGUCGAGCGGCAAAUCGUGAAAUAAUACUGACGGAAGACAGACCGUAUGAUGUAAUUGAUAUUAAAGUUCCAGUUCAAAUAUGGAAGAAAGCUAUCAGUCCGACGCCUCCGAUACUAAAAACUCAAGCCACAGUUGUACUGCCCGUUCAUGUAGAGAGUGACUACAACGACGAAGAUGAAGAACCAAUCGAUGAAGAUAAUUUAAUAGAAGAAGCUCCUUCUCCUGUGGACGAUGUUAUGGAAAACCCUCCAGUUGAUACUCAGACAGUUCAAGCGGACGUUACACCAGCAGCGCCUGUGACCGCGGCCCCAGUCCAGGACGAAAUCAGCAACGAUCCUACUGGAGUGGUACCUGGUCAAGUUACCAGAUUUCCCUGUUCAUGCGUCGGUGGAGGAGGAUGCGGGUGUUGCACUGGUAUGCUGUUGCAGAGGCUUAGAAUGGACGCUUGCGGUAACAUCACAUUCAUACCAGAAGACUUUGUGUUUGACGUCAGAUUGAGCGUCAAUAACAACACUGUUGUUCAUCGCAGGGUAUCCGCUAGUGAUCCACCACCGAUCUGCUUCAACCCCAGAAGAAUUCCAUUUGUGCAAGUAUGUGCUGAGAUCACCAACAUCAGGAUCCGCAACCGAAAUGCAUUCGCUUGCUUAGACAUUAACGCUGACGUCGGAGGUUUCCCGGUCUACUCUACUUCUUUUAGAUGUUUUGGAUUGGGGUCAUCAGGUGUGCAAACAGGUUUGAAACCAAAGAAGCCGGUAUCAGAGGGUCCUAAGCCAGUCAGUUUAUUCGGGAGCAGCAGCAGUAGCAGCUCUAGCAGCAGCGGCGGCGGUGUCAUCAGCAAUGCUGCCGGUGCCAUCAUAGGCGGGGAGGGACCUGCGGGCAUCCUGGAUGGAGUUGCUGAAGGAAUCUUCGGCGGAGACGAUGAAGGUGGACCUCUAGAUGAAAUUGGUGAUGCCGUUGGAGAGUUCUUGGAGGGAAGAAGUUCAUGAGAUUUGUAAUCAAAAAGACUAAUUUUUAGGAAUAUAUGAAAAUAGGAAUUAGGUAUUUAUUUAUUUAUUGGAGUUGAUGAUUAAAUUUGAAAUGAUAAUACUUAAACUGGUGGUUUCUA